AUGCAGUUUCUAGAGAUGUCACAGAUUUCCCUUUGCUGGGCAUCUUCCAGGUUCACCAUACAGACUCUCCACCGGGAGGACCGCCCACUUCCCCACCCCACUGUCCAGACUCUCCAUCAGGAGGACCGCCCACUUCCCCACCCCACUGUCCAGACUCUCCAUCAGGAGGACCGCCCACUGCCCCACCCCAGCCUGCUCUUCUUUUUCUGUUUGAUUUUCAGACGAUGCUGGUUGGUUUUUAAGAAGGCUUCUAGCAAGGGACCCAGAAGGCUAGAAAAAUUUCCAGAUGAAAAGGCAGCUUAUUUCAGGAACUUUCACAAGGUAACUGAACUGCACAACAUCAAAAAUAUAACCAGGCUGCCUCGAGAGACAAAGAAGCAUGCAGUGGCAAUUAUCUUUCAUGACGAAACGUCAAAGACAUUUGCUUGUGAGUCAGAGCUGGAAGCUGAGGAGUGGUGCAAACACCUUUGCAUGGAAUGCCUGGGAACGAGGCUGAAUGAUAUCAGCCUAGGGGAGCCUGACCUUCUGGCAGCUGGGGUGCAACGGGAACAGAACGAACGAUUCAAUGUUUAUCUAAUGCCUACACCCAACCUGGAUAUUUACGGUGAAUGCACAAUGCAGAUCACGCAUGAGAAUAUCUAUCUCUGGGAUAUCCACAAUGCCAAGGUCAAGCUGGUGAUGUGGCCGCUUAGCUCACUGAGGAGAUACGGUCGGGAUUCAACGUGGUUCACCUUUGAGUCAGGAAGAAUGUGUGACACAGGAGAAGGCCUAUUCACCUUUCAAACAAGAGAAGGAGAAAUGAUCUAUCAGAAGGUCCACUCUGCAACGCUGGCCAUAGCUGAGCAACAUGAAAGAUUAAUGCUAGAAAUGGAGCAGAAGGCCCGGCUUCAGACAAGCUUGACUGAACCAAUGACAUUAUCGAAAUCCAUCUCUCUUCCUCGUAGUGCAUACUGGCAUCACAUUACGCGUCAGAACAGCGUUGGAGAAAUCUACAGCUUGCAAGGUCAUGGGUUUGGUCCAUCAAAGAUGUCCAGGGCACAGACAUUUCCCAGCUAUGCUGCAGAGCAGAGUGAAGAGGCUCAGCAGCCGUUGUCACGGUCCAGCAGCUAUGGAUUCAGCUAUAGCUCCAGCCUCAUUCAGUGACACACAGAGGCCACCAACAACCAGCAAGACAGUCUGCCCUGGACCUGCCAUGGGGUCAUUUUGCCCUGUGCCUCCUGGAAGACCAAUUGCAGUACAAAUUAACAUUGGUAGGGCCUAGCCCCAACUAGAAGGUUAAAAACUGGAGUUCUGCUUCCUUGAUUCAGUGGUUAAGUCCUUUAUUUAUUGAAUUUCUAUGGGGGAAAUCUAUGUUUUACAAAAAAAAAAAAAAAAAUAAGAGUCCAAUAAUGUGAACACUCAUUUAAAAAAGAAAAUACUUUGUGUCUGACAGUAGCAGAAGCUUUGGCACUGGGAAGUCUUUCCACUCUAGUUUGAGCCUGGGAGGGGACCACUGAUAUCUGUCCUUAAGGCUGGGUGCUCAUGUCUGGACACAUGAUAAUGAGUCACCACUGCGAGCCCUAUAGCCUUUUCAGUUUUCAAAGAAACAAGUCAAGUAAGCUCUACAGACAGUGUCUUAACUCUCCAUGUAAGGAAGUCAGUGACAAUUAAGGGAAUGUGAAAUUAGAAUACUCCAUUCAGAAGAGGCCUGUGUGUGUGUGUCUGUGUGUGUGUGUGUGUGUGUGUGUGUGUGUGUAAAAGUAUAGCCGUGGAUAUUGUCAUAUCAGUCUAUAGAUAAGAAUAUCAGGAGUGCUGAGGGUGACAUGAUAUGCUCACUUAAAUUAUUGAAAACUAAUUUGUUGCGUUAAAAUUAAGAUUGUUAUGUCAAAUAGCUUUUUUUUAAAAAUAGUGCUGUAGAAAAUGAAAAAGGCUCCUCACUGGCAACAGUAUUUCUGUAGUUAUGAGGAGUACAGAAUGAAACAAAAGAGGAAAGGUGUUUUGGGAGUAAGAUAACGGCCUAGCUGCGCUGCCUGUUGUUGUCAUGUUGUGUGUCUGGUUAGUGUCGUGUGGCCAUAGUUUCUUCCCUUGGGCAUUCAUCAGAGCUGCUUGAGGAAUUGGAGUAAUCUCCAGCUCCAAAGGGAGACUACAGAAGUUUGAGAAAGACACAAAACUAAGCUUAAAAUGAACUCAACAUUCUUGCAGUCAAAUGAGGAACAAAUGAUACACAAAAGGGUCAUGGGGGCUUGGAGAGCGCUGUGUAAUCAGAGCUUGCUUGGAUUUAAUUUUUCUUGUACUUGAUUGGCUGGGAUGACAUGAGAAAAUGUUUCAUUUGUAAAUUUUUUCAGCUCUAGAGUAUUACAGAUUACCAAGUUUGAAGGGAAACAGGAAAUUCCAAUCUAUGGGGAAAAGUCUGGCUAAUUCAGGUCAACAUAGAUAUUUUUGCCCACAAUUUAGGGACUGAAAUGUAAAUUAAUCUGCCUAAAUCAUCUGAUUUCAUGUCCCUAAACCAGAUAUCCACCA